AGUGGAUGCUCUUCCGUCUCUCGAGUCUGUGUUCUAUGUGGCAUAUUUCACAAUGAUUCACAGUCUUUUUGUCAUCAAUAACAGCGGAGAUGUGUUUAUGGAAAAGCAUUGGAAAAGUGUGAUACACAAAUCAAUAUGUGACUUUUUUGAAGCCCAGAAUAAGGCCUCCUGCCCUGAGGAUGUGCCACCAGUCAUUUCUACUCCCCAUCACUACCUCAUAAACAUCUACAGGAACAGCCUUUACUUCGUCGCUGUUACCACAACUGAGGUUCCCCCACUGUUUGUGGUGGAGUUCCUGCACAGGAUUUGUGACACUUUUGAGGACUACUUCAAUGAUUGCACUGAGUCCCAGCUCAAGGAACACUACGUUAUAGUCUAUGAGCUGCUGGACGAGAUGCUGGACAAUGGCUUCCCACUGGCUGUUGAGUCAAACGUGUUGAAGGAGCUCAUCAAACCACCCAACUUCCUUCGUACCAUCACAGACACCGUUACUGGCAAGUCAACCAGCGUGAGUGCCACCCUGCCCACUGGUCAGCUGUCAAACAUUCCUUGGAGGCGAACAGGGGUUAAGUACACAAACAACGAGGCCUACUUCGAUGUGAUCGAGGAAAUUGAUGCCAUCAUUGACAAGUCUGGUUCUACCGUCAUAGCUGAGAUACAGGGAUAUAUUGACUGUUUGAUCAAACUGAGUGGGAUGCCUGAUCUCACCUUAUCCUUUAUCAAUCCUCGUCUUCUUGAUGAUGUCAGCUUCCAUCCGUGUGUGCGAUUCAAGAGAUGGGAAAGUGAGCGAAUCUUGUCAUUUGUUCCACCCGAUGGCCACUUCCGUCUGAUGUCAUACCACAUAGGAACCCAGAAUAUUGUCGCCAUUCCUAUUUAUCUCCGACACAAUAUAUCAUUCCGAGAUGGCAACUCCGGAAGGUUUGAUGUCACGAUUGGACCCAAACAGACCUUGGGAAAAACAAUAGAGAAUGUGACGCUGGAGGUGCCGUUCCCCAAGUCGGUUCUGAAUGUCACGCUAACCACAAGUCAGGGGAAGUACACAUUCGACCCGGUCACCAAACUCAUGACGUGGGAUGUCGGCAAGAUUGAUGCUGCCAAACUGCCAAACAUCAAAGGCAAUAUUAGUCUUCAGACUGGUUCUGCUAUUCCAGAGUCCAACCCUGUGUGUACGGUGACAUUUACAAUAAGUCAGCUGGCUGUGUCGGGAAUCAAAGUGAAUCGGCUGGACAUGUAUGGCGAGGGUGAUCAAAAAAAAUACAAACCUUUCAAGGGAGUGAAGUAUUUGACGAGGGCUGGAAAGUUCCAGAUACGCACAUAAUCAACAAGACAGUAUACUUUCUGUUCAUGGUUUCCUUGUGUGAAGGAGCGUGCACAUGAACACUGGGACGGCUGUGUGGGGCAGUCUGGUGCACAGAAACGUUCUGACGAUAGUACAUCGACGAUGUUUCAUUGAUAUGUAUAAACUAUGUCCUCCAUUACUCAUCACUAGGUACAGCUGCUAUACAGUGUUGUCAAUAUGUGCAGUAUAAGGAAGCCGGCUACUGCCCCACCAAUGAAAGAGUGCAGUAGGCACGUCUGCUCUCAUUUCAUGAUAAGCAAUUUGUGUUGAAUAAUUCAUAGUGACACGUUAUCACAUGAUAUGAAAAUUAGUCUGUGGAAGUUGUGUAAUUCACAAAUCAGUUAUACAAUGCCUUAUUUCCUCUGACAAGACAACUACACCCCACACAAGCUGUAUACACUGACAAGUCAUGGAGGAACGCUGGGUGUACAGACCUGUGACGUACCGAUGUCCGACAAGCUCAUGGAUACGUCUGUAGUGACAGUCUGAGUGACUUGUUAACAGACCAGGGUCCUGUUCCACAAAGCGAUCGUAACCCUAAGAUGAUCGUAACUCCCAUACUUCAACAUAGACUUACAACAGUCGUAGCGCUAAGAUGAUCGUAACUUCCAUACUUUAACAUAAGAUCGUAACUCAUAGACAGUCCCCUAAGAUGAUCGUAGAACUCCCAG